AGGAAUUCAAACAUUGGUGUUUAUAUUCCCUUCUACUUCGUCAAACAUGAAAUUUGCGUGGCGGCACAAAUGGGCGGCCAGUGGACGGGAAUAAUAGGCGGGCUGUGACGGCUCGCGUCAAGCCCAAACGCGUCGCACUUCCGGAAUUGUCGUUCCCAUUUCUGUGUUGCUAUCGAAGAGUUUAACUCGCUAACUACGCGAACGCUAGCCCAGCUAUGCUAAUACAGCGUUAAACCACUAUGCUAAGCAUCUUAUGGAAGACUCAUUUCUCCACAAAUGUCGCCCCCCUAAGGCCUCCCCCCUCAAUAAAGCACACAGUUACCUGUGUGGAAGCGAAACGGUCCAAAUUCUGGCUCUGUGUGCCCGUUGGAGCUUAGCUGCACAAAAAAAUAAAUCAUCUUAGAUGAGCGGCUAGCUGCUAACCACUGGAGCUGCUGCUGCUUUUUUUUUUUUUGUAGCCGGUGUGCACAAACAAAUCAACCAAGAUGCGUCGAAGGCGGCUCGCUUGUGCUCGGUUGUUCGCGUCUACGUUGGAAACAUUACAUAUGUAAAUGUUUAUCCCUAAAAUUAACAUCUUUGUAACUACAGUACCGUUAAGUGCCAAAUAUAGGCUUGUUAUAAGGCCACCAGUGAUAUACACUUGGAAAUGUUUUUAUUUUAUUGCAUUGGUUUUUUUUUUCUCCAUGGCAUCUAUACCUUACUUCCCUCACAGUUGCUUUUAUUUUUUUUAAAUGAUUGCUUCUAUCUAGGACUGUCACUGUAUUUUAGAAUUGAUUAGUUUAUCAGUUAUUCAAUCGAAUAAUUGCCUAAAAAUGAUUUUGCAGUUAAUUUCAAAAUCUUUUUUUUCCCCCAAUUACUUUUUGGUAACUUAUUAUUGUUUAUUUUGAGUGUUGUACUUCGCAACCUUUUUGAAAAUGAGCUCAUUCUUGGGUACUGAAUGAUUCAUGCGAACGAAGGGCUACUUGUUUGUUAUACACUUCUGAGGCUGCUUCAGGUUCAACUACAUGUCAAUUACAGGUUAUUCAUAAUAUGGCUGCAAAUAACGUUUAUUUUCAUAAUAGACUAAACUGACCAUUUUUUUCCAUAAAUUGAUUAUGGUUAUGUCACUUGUUGGUCUGUUACAUGUCUGAAAACUGUUAAUCAUUGUAAUUGUUAUUGUAAAAGCAGAUGUUUGCGAAUGACUUAUGGUAUUUUGAUUAUACACAAAAGAUAAUCGGUCUGCUUUCAUGGAGGACUACAUAAAUUGGACAAUAUUUACAGUUGAGAGGCUGAAAUCACAGGAUUUGGACAAUUUUAAGAGUCAAAGGACAAUAUGGCCACCAUAGUCGCUGUCAGUCCCAGUGAAUAUCUCCAGCCCUCUACCACCACCACACAGGACAGUCAGCCGUCCCCUUUGGCCCUGCUGGCUGCCACCUGCAGUAAGAUCGGACCCCCCGCCGCCCAAGCCCCCGCCACAUCGCCGCCAGCACAGCCGCAGCCUCGCCGCCUCCUCCCCAUCAAGCCAGCUCCCAUCGCUCCCGCGCCCCCCAAGAACCUGGGCUUCCUCCAAGCCAAGGGCAAUGUGAUUCAGCUCCCCGCCGGGCUGGGCCCUAGCACGCCCGGCAGCCCCAUCGUGCUCACCAUCCAGCAGAGCCCGGGCCACCCCAGCCCCCAGGCCCCUGCCAACAUCCAGUACCAGGUGAUGCCGCAGAUCCAGGGAGCCCAAACCAUCCAGGUGAUGCCGCAGGGGGGCCAGAUCCAGCUCAUACCGGGCACCAACCAGGCCUUCAUCACCACUCCCAUGUCCUUGCCGGCCCAGGCGGCCGCCGCCCCCGUAGCUGCCCCUAUCCCACCACAAAAGACUGUCGCCAUUAAACCCUCUCCCAAAAUGAGGAAGUCGGGUGCCACUGCCAACGUGGUGCAGCUGCCCGGCGGACUCACAUUGCCGCUCAACGUGGCGACAGGGGAAGUGGGCGGCGCGCAGAUCAUAACCGAGACGGCGGCAGUGGCACCCGCUAUCGCGGGAAAGCCACGACGAGGUAGGAAGAAGAAAGCGAUGCUUGCCGCUCAGGCGCCGCCCGCAGUGCCACCGCCGCCGCAGGCUCCCUCGCCUCCCCCAGAACAGUUGGAGACCAUCUUGAUCGAAGCUGCUGACAAUAUCAUUCAGGCGGGAAACAACCUGUUGAUUGUGCAGAGUCCGGGCCAACCGGCGGUGGUUCAGCAGGUGCAGCUAGUGCCCCCCAAGCAGGACCCUCCGGUGGUCCAGAUCCCCCAGCAGGCUCUGAAGGUGGUGCAGGCCGCCUCUGCCUCACUGCCGCCCGUCCCGCAGAGGCAGUCGCCCGCGCCCUCCUGCCUGCAGGUGGCGUCACCGGACACGCCGCCAACACAGAUCUUUUUCAAGACGGGAGCUGGCGAGUGGCGGUCCGUCCAACUCCAGGACGCAGUUUCCUCACCAACAACGCCUACCACUCCCGUCGCCACGCCCGCCUCGCCACCCCCUCCCAUCACCAAGAAGUCAACUGCGGGCGGCAGGAAGGAGCGCACCCUGGCCAAGAUCGCACCGGCGGGCGGGAUGAUGUCACUGAACACAUCGCAGCUGUCGUCUGCAGCGCAGGCGGUGCAGACCAUCAGCAUUAACGGCGUCCAAGUGCAGGGCGUUCCUGUCACCAUCACCAACGCAGGAGGCCAGCAGCACUUGACGGUGCAGACCAUGCAGGGUGGAGGCCUCCAGCUGGCGGGGGUGGCGGCUCAGGGCCAACCGGCCAUCCACUUAGACCAGACGCUUACGCUUGAACUCCCCGGACAUGCCAGCGAGAAAAAGAGACGCAUGGCCUGCACAUGCCCCAACUGUAAAGACGCAGAGAAAAGGCCGGGUGACGUGGGCAAGCGGAAGCACAUUUGUCACUUUCCCGGCUGUGACAAGACCUUCCGCAAGACGUCGCUGCUGCGAGCACACGUCCGCCUGCACACGGGCGAGCGACCGUUCGUCUGCAACUGGGUGUUUUGCGGCAAGCGCUUUACGCGUAGCGACGAGCUGCAGCGGCAUGCCAGGACGCACACGGGAGACAAACGCUUUGAGUGCAGCCAGUGUCAGAAGCGCUUCAUGAGGAGCGACCACCUGACCAAGCAUUUCAAGACGCACAUAAACACCAAGAACCUGUGAGAGGAAAAAGAGACUCCACACUGAAAAAAUUGGAGUUUGUCACUUGUCCCAUAAUGGGACCCCCACCCACCUCCUAAAAAAUGCCCCCCCCCCCCCCGUGACUCUUGUGUCGCACCAUGUACAAAGAAAAAGCAGACUGGCAAUGAUCCAUCCCACUUAUUUAUGACCCCUUUUGGACGAAGAUUGUACACGCCAGCGUAUGUGCAACUGCAGGACACUCCUCAGAGUGUGUGUGUGUGUGUGUGUGUGUGUGUGUUUGUGUCCUUUUCCCACAACAGCCACCAUUUUGUUUGUUGCCUCCUCCCCCGUGUGGUUAAAGCUCCCAAUGUCAUGUUUUUAACAUUUACGUUUGUGGCUUACAUCUGCAAAGCUGACACACGGAUUUUCUCCGGCAUCCAAGGUUGUAUCAAGCCCCUUUCGCACUGUGUUGUGUUGAGCCGGAAAUGUAUUCACAGAAUUUAGCGAAGCGCAGAGAUGGCAAAAGUACUGACACUGUACUGAAGUUAAAGUGCUACAAAUCUGUGUAAAAAAACAGACUGGUGAUAGUAGUACUAUUUUGACUCUGAAGUACAGACUGAAAUGUACUUGGGUAAAAAAGUUAAAAUGUUUUUAGUAUCAAUUAAAUACAAACCCCAAUUCCAAUGAAGUUGGGACUUUGUGUAAAACGUAAAUAAAAUGAUUUGCAAAUCCUUUUCAACCUAAAUUCUAUUGAAUACACUACAAAGACAAGAUAUUUAAUGUUCAAACUGUUAAACCUUUUUUUUUUUUAAUGAUUUAUAAUUUUUUUUAUUUUUGCCAAUAUUCACUAAUUCUGAAUUGAAUGCCUGUAACACAUUCCAAAAAAGCUGUGACUGGGGCAUGUUUACCACUGCUUUACAUCAACGUUCCUUUUAACAGCGCUCAAUAAGCGUUUGAGAACGGAGGACACUAAUUGUUGAAGCUUUGUAUGUGGAAUUAUUUCCCAUUCUUGCUUGAUGUACUACUUCAGUUGCUCAACAGUGCGGGGUCUCUGUUGUCGUGUUUUACGCUUCAUAACGCGCCACACAUUUUCAAUGGGAGACAAGUCUGGACUGCGGGCAGGCCAGUCUAGUAUUUGCACACUUUAACUACGAAGCCAUGCUGUUGUAAAACAUACAGAAUGUGGAUUGGCAUUGCCUUGAAAUAAUCAAGGACGUCCAUGAAAAAGACACUGCUUGGAUGGCAGCAUUUUUUUCCUCCAAUCCUGUAUGUACCUUAAUUAACUAAGUAUUAAUAAUGCCUUCACAGAUGUGGAGGUUACCAAUCCGAUAGGCAUUAACACCCCUCUAUACCAUCACAGAUGCUGGCUUUUUAACUUUGCGCUGAUAACAAUCCGGAUGGUCGUUUUCGUCUCAGGCCCUGAGAACACCAACAACAACAAUCCAGAUGGAUACCUCCUUUGGCCCAGAGGGCAUGACGUCCAUGAUUUCCAAAAACAAUUUCAAAUGUGGACUCGUCAGACCACAGCACACUUUUCCACUUUACGUCAGUCCAUCUCAGAUGAGCUUGGGCCCAAAGAGGUUGGCGGCGUUUCUGGGUGUUGUUGAUAUAUGGCUUUCGCUGUGCAUGGUACAGUUUUAACUUGCAUUAGUAGAUUUCGUGACGAUGUGUGUUAACUGACAAUGGUUUUGUGAAGUGUUCCACGUGGCAAUAUCCUUUACACAAUGAUGCCAGUUUUUAAUGCAGUGCCCCCUAAGGGAUUGAAGGAAAACAUUCACAGGCAUUCAGUGUUGGUUUUUGGCCUUGCCUGUUACGUGCAGAGAUUUCUCCAGAUUCUCUGAAUCUUUUGAUGAUAUUAUGGAUUGAUGAAACCCUUAAAUUCCUUGUGAUUGUGCACUGAGAAAAACUGUUGGACUAAUUUGCUCACGCAAUUGUUCACAAAGUCAUGAACCUCGCCCCAUCCUUGCUUGUGAAGAAUUGAGCCUUUCGGGGAUGCUCCUCUUAUACCCAAUCAUGACACUCAUCUCUUUCCAAUGAACCUGUUGACCUGUUGAAUGUUCCAAACAGGUAUUUUUUGACCAUUCCUCAACUUUCCCAGUCUUUUGUUGCCCCUCGCCUAGCUUUUUUGGAACGUGUUGCAGGCAUCAAAUUCAAAAUGAGAGAAUUGCAAAUAAAACAACUAAGUUUACCAGUUUGAACAUUAAAUAAUGUAUCUUAUUUGUUGUAAAUUCAAUUGAAUAUAGGGAGAAAAGGAUGUCCAAAUAAUUGUAUUUGGUCGUUAUUUACAUUUUACACAACAUUCCAACUUCAAUGGAAUUUGGGUUUGUACAACGCGCAUUUUGAUAACUUGGCACAAUGAGGGGGAAAAAACAUCUCAAGAUUUAUUCAAGUUCUCAAACUUUUAUACUAAGUACAUGUUAGAAUCACUCUAUGGAGGUCUAAGUACCCAAAAUAUUGGACCUUUAAUAUCGCCAACUUUGCUCUGUGUGAAAGGGGCUUACAUUAUACUUCAUAGUCUAUGCCAGUAUUCUUCAGAAUCAGAAUCAUCUUUAUUUGCCAAGUAUGUCCAAAACACACACAAGGAAUUUGUCUCCGGUAGUUGGAGCCGCUCUAGUACAACAACAGACAGUCAAUUGACACAGAACACUUUUGAAACAUAAAGACAUUGACAAAAACAGUCACAGCAAUAAAGGGGUUGCUAGAUAUCUGUUAAUGCCGGUACAAUUUUUUUUUUUUUUGGACAAUUGUGCAAAAGGAUGCAGAGUCCUCGAGCACUUAGAGCAGUUUGAAUGACUAAUUUUAUGUUUUUCACCACAUAAACCAUUUUACCACAGUGAUGUGACAAUCACACAACAGGAGGAUCCAAACGUCGCGUGACAGCGUUAAAUCCGCAUAAAGUGUCAGAGCGCUCGUUCCCCUUUCAUGCAGAACUGAUUCGGAGCCAAAGCCCCAAAAUGUGGAACUGACGCCAGCUUGGCGUGAAAGGGGUGUGCGAGGUGCAUGAAAGCAGGGAUGCAGCGCCUGCUGGUAUUAUUUAUGUUUGUCCACUUCAUCAAUGCCAUACUGAAGGAGGAAGACAAUGUACAGUGUGUUGAAACGUGUGUGACAUUGUAUAUUUGCUUCAUUACUGCUUUGUAAAAGACCUCUAGAGACCCUUUUCUAUAAUAUUAAUAAUAAUAAUUACAGAUGCCUUAGACAGCUAUUUAAAAUAAACUCAUUUUGUCUUUUUAA